GGGCGGCAACGUGGGUCGGGUCGAACGAAAGCAGCAGCAGCAAUCGCCGCUUCGCAUACUCAGAACACGACAUCCUUAGCGAAGUCAAGUAGUGCAGGAUCGGCCACUGGCGGGGCUGGAGAGAAACGGCGUGAUCGAGAAGACGACGAAGAAAGUGAAGCGAGUUUGUGUUGGCGUGACUCUGACUCGAUGACUUCAUCGGGAGGCUUAUCUGUUGUGCGUUUGGCAUGGGAAGCGUUCGUGUGGUUGACAACAGUGGUGUGGCCAUCUUCGGGAGACGACGUUCGCGACGAUUCCAGUUAUGGUGGUGAUGACGAUGACGAUUACAGCAUACCAGAAGAGAAUGCAAAGAAGUUGUCUCGAUCGAGCAACGGCGACGUUAGUAAGCAGCUGCGAGCGUCGGUGGCGACGACGACAUGCGCUGCAGUGAAUCGUAAAGGCGGGCGAGGUGCUCGGGACAGCACGAAGGCGAAGGAAAAGGUCAUUAUCGCGAAUGCGGUGGAAAGAGAAAAAGUGCGUCCGAACGGCCUCGCGAUAUCGAACGGCAAGACGGCGAAUGGCACGACGUACGAGACUGUGAGAGACUCUAGCUUACCGAAAGAGAAUGGGCAUGACGCUAGCAGUGUUUCAUCAUUGGAAACCGAAAGGCUGAAAGCUGAAGUGAUGCAGCUCAAGACUGCUGAGGCUGAUGCUAGGAUACAACUUUCUGUUAGCCAGAACAACGAGAAGCAUGCAAGGCAAGAAGCUGUACAAUUGCGAUCGAGACUUGAGCAGAUGGAAGCUAGG